UAUAUAGCACUCUUAAGAGCUCGCUCUUCAUAUAUCACUUUGAUUUCUUUUACCUGUACUACCAUGGCAUCCAUCCGCGAGAUCAUCGUCGUCCUGUGCAUGCUCAUCGUCACAAUCCAGGCUUGCCAGUUCUCUUCGUCUUGCACGGGGAUUAGCUUCGAUGGCCACACCAUGCACGCGAAAUGUAGAACUCCGUAUGGGAAGCAUGUCAAGAGCUCCAUCGAUGUGAGCCAGUGCGUGGGAGUCGACUACACGGGCAAGCUCGAUUGUUCCUCCAACUUUGCUGCCAAAUGCGGUGAUGUUGAGUUCAAUGGGAUCACCAUCGGUGCUCGUUGUGCCACUGCCAAAGGCUACAAGCGCUUCUCCAACCGCGCGCUGGACGAUUGCAUUGGCAAUGUCGAUGGCAAACUCACUUGCUGCUAAAAAGUUGGAUGAGCAUUUGAAUAAACUACGCUGGUUUUAUUAAACUAAAA